AUGCCUCUGGAAACAUGCAAGCCUGACCAUUCCUCUGGUGAAGGAGAUAAGCAUACUAGAUUACUUGAUAAAGAAGUCAAAGACAUGGUCUCCGCCAUUACUCGCCGUGUUGCCGGUAUUCAUAAACCGGGAUCGAGCCACGUCGGAGAUGAUGGUGAUGACGAUCUGCAUGGUGUUGGAAUCAUCACGCUUGCAGGAAGCAAUGCCGGGGCAACAAUGCGAAGCGAGGUGGAUGAGAAAUCCAGCAGUCCUCAUGGGAUUUCACUUGGGGGGGAGCCUGAUGAAUGGAGUACCUAUGUUAACAGCAAUUUCCAAGCUGUUAACAAUUCGAUCAUGUUCGAGAGCAGCUAUAACGCCAACGAUCCCGGCGUUCAUUUGGACGUCUCGGAUGUUCCUGAACGUGAAGGCAAGAAGUCAACAGAUAAGCAUAGGAGGGGAAAGAAAAUAGAAAACGAUUCCGCCAAAGCUGAACUUACCGAUUCCGAUUAA